UGUCAAAAUAAAACAAGUAAAUGACGUAGUUUUUUCCUACUAAAAUCUCUGUUGCAACGAAUCCAAAUUGUGGUAUCAAUAAUAUAAAAUGAUUUGAAUAUUCACACGACUUAUUGUCACAAUAAAAAAGUUUCAUCUCUUAUUUGAUACUUAACAGAUAUCUAUACAUACAAAAUCCAAAAUUGAAAUAUCGUGUGCCCAGCGACACAAUAUACUCGACACAAUAUUUCUGAUAAAAACAAAGUAAUUUCAUCGAAUUUGUUCGAAAUAUGGUGAAGAUUGGCUUACAAAUUCGUGCUACAUUAGAAAAUGUUGAAGAAGUUGAAACGUGCCAUCCCGAUUAUUCAUUCUUUUUAAAAUUGAAAUGUACAAAUUGUGGUGAACAAUCGGAAAAAUGGCACGACCUAACCGAAUCGGAGCGUGUAAACGAAGAUUCUCGAAAUCCGAACGGUUUUAACUUUUUCAUGAAAUGUAAGCUGUGCUCACGCGAAAAUUCCAUUGAUAUUGUUGAAAAAUCAAAUGUUGUUUACACCGCCGAUGAUUCGGGCAAAUUCAAAACAAUUGUUUCGUUUGAUUGUCGGGGCGUAGAACCGAUGGAAUUUUCACCACGAACUGGUUGGAUAGUGAAAUCGGCUGAGAAUGGACAAAAAUUUGAAGAUGUUGAUCUAUCCGAAGACGAUUGGGUUGAAUACGAUACUAAGAAUAAAGUUUCGGUUGGCAUUUAUGAAUUCGAAUCAAACUUUGUUAAAUUAAAGAAAUAAACAUCACUUUCAUCAUGCACCAGAGCGAAAUAAAAAAAAAAUUAAAUUUUUAUAAUGAUUGAAA